AUGCCGCCGCCGCGGCUUGAGUCCGCGAUCCUCGCCGCCGCCUGCUGGUUCAGCAAUCCCCUCUCCGAUCUCAAGAGGCUCGGCGUUCUUGCCUCGCACUGCACACCAACCGUUCGACGCAAUGCCGCGGAGGGGUUCUUGCCUUCGGUGGGCUUGUCUCCACCGUUUCGCCAGGUUGUUGUUCAGAGUGGAAACCUUCUUGGGUCACCAAGGUUCUGCCACGCCACUGCCGUCAUGUCAGAUCAUCUCACGGACGCCUACGCCAGCGAAGUACUGGAGGUUCUCAAGUCCACCAAUAAUGCUGACAACGCUGAUCUCAGCGAUGCUCUUCGUCGGUUCGCGGUCCACAUGGAUGAGGAUGUUAUCCUCACGGUCCUCCAGAAGCAGCGGUCCAACUGGCAGGUCUCCCUGGCGUUCUUCAACUGGGCGGCAACCCUUCCGGGGUAUGCCCACGGGUCGAGGGCCUACACUGAGAUGCUGGACAUUCUUGGGCGGAUGAAGAAGGUCAGGCACAUGAGGCAGCUGUUUGACGAGAUUCCUGAGGAGCGGCGUGUGGUGGUUGUGACGAAUAAGAUGUUCGCCGUGCUGUUGAACCGGUACGCGGGUGCGCACAAGGUGCACGAGGCGAUAGAGGUGUUCUACCUGAGGAAGGAUUACGGGUUUGAGCUCGACUUGGUCGGGUUCCAGAUACUCCUGAUGUCGCUGUGCCGGUAUAAGCAUGUCGAGGAGGCGGAGGCACUGUUCCGUGAGAAGAAAGAUGAGUUCCCACAUGUCACAAAGAGCUGGAACAUUAUACUAAACGGUUGGUGUGUCAAGGGAAGCUGGAGAGACGCUCUAAGGAUUUGGAAUGAUAUCAUUGCAUCCAAGGUUGAACGAGACCUGUUCACAUAUGGUACAUUCAUAAACGCACUGGCCAAAAAUGGCAGAAUUAGUGCCGCGGUGAAGCUGUUCAAAAGUAUGUGGGAGAAAGGGAUUAAUCCUGAUGUCGCGAUUUGCAAUUGUAUCAUUGACCAGCUGUGCUUCAAGAAACGAAUUCCAGAAGCACUUGAGAUUUUUGGUGAGAUGAAUGACCGGCUUUGUCAAGCCGAUGUGGCUACCUACAACACUUUGAUAAAAUACUUAUGUAAGAUAAAAAGGAUGGAAAAAGUUUAUGAACUUUUGGAUGAAAUGGAAGCAAAGGGCUGCUCUCCAAACAAUAGGACAUUCUCCUACAUUCUGAAGACAACUGAAAAACCUAAAGAUGUCAUUGCUUUGAUGCAGAGGAUGGAGCAAAUCGGCUGUAAAUUGGAUUCUGAUACAUAUAACUUAAUAUUAAACCUUUAUAUCAACUGGAAAUAUGAGAAGGGGGUGCAACAGGUAUGGGAUGAGAUGGAGAGGAGUGGGUCAGGCCCAGAUCAACGGUCAUUUACUAUAAUGGUUCAUGGUCUUCAUUCCCAAGGCAAGAUCGAUGAAGCUCUGCAGUACUACACAACAAUGAAGUCUAGAGGUAUGAUUCCAGAACCUAGGACCAAGAUACUAGUGAAAGCUAUGCAUAUGAAGAAAGAUGGGGCUGCCACUGAAGAUGACUCAACAAGUAUGGCAGGGAAGCAUCUAAAAUUGGAUCCUCAAUCAAGACUAUUCAAUGUUCAUAGAUAG